AUCAGUGCUAAAUUGUUAUUUUUUUGGAAUUGAAAAAGGGCGCGCUCAAAGUUUUCAUGCCAGAAGCACAAACAGAAAUAGAAGAGUCUAUUUUGGAAGAGUAUGCCAUAUGGAGAAAGAAUACUCCAUUUCUUUAUGACUUGGUUGUCACUAAACCUCUAGAGUGGCCAUCACUUACUUGUCAAUGGUUACCUGAAAAGAGAGAGUUUCCUAACUCUGACUAUUAUUUGGAGAAAAUAAUAUUGGGCACACAGACUGACGGCAACGCACAAAACUAUUUAAUGUUGGCACAAGUGCGGUUACCCAAUGAGAAAGCAGAGGUUGAUGGUAGUGCCUAUAAUAAUAAGGAAAACGGGAGUUAUGGUGGGUUUGGCAUGGGACAACAAGGAAAGAUAGACAUCGUUCAACGUAUCAAACACGAUGGAGACGUAAACAGAGCAAGAUAUAUGCCUCAGAAUCCACAAAUUAUCGCUACUAAGACUGUUAGUGGCGAAGUGCAUAUCUUUGAUAUCUCCAAACAUCCUUUGAAGCCUCCUGCUAAUAACGUAGCUUCCCCACAGCUCCGACUAAGAAGUCCUCAAAAAGAAGGUUUUGGACUUUGCUGGAAUCCAAAUCAGGAAGGUCGUAUUAUUUCUGCUGGUGAGGAUCGUCGCAUUUUUCUGUGGGAUAUUUUAGGAGGAGGUGAUAAAGAGGAAUAUGUAAAUCCGUUAAAUGUGUAUGGAGGUCACACAGAUGUAGUUGGCGAUGUUAGCUUUCAUGCACAUUCUCAGUAUCUGUUCGGUUCUGUUGGAGAUGACAGGAAGAUUAUGUUAUGGGAUACUCGUUCCUCAGACGUGGAACAUCCAUCACAAGAGGUAGAAGCACACAAGGACGUCAUCAAUUGUUUGGCAUUCAAUCCUUUUUCUGAGCAUGUACUUAUUACUGGGUCAGCUGACACAACACUAUGCUUAUGGGAUUUGCGGAGUCUAAAUCAACCUUUGCAUGUUUUUGAAAGCCACCCUGGUGAGAUUUUACAAGCGCUGUGGUCUCCUUUUCAUGAAACGCUGUUUGCCUCAUGUGGAAAGGAUCGACAAGUCAGAAUAUGGGAUUUAAGUCGUAUUGGUGAAGAACAAGAACCUGAAGAUGCAGAAGACGGUCCACCUGAACUUCUUUUUGUUCAUGGCGGGCAUACGUCAACCGUACAGGAACUUUCUUGGAAUCCCAAUGAACCUUUUGUUAUCGCCAGUGUCGCAGAUGACAAUAUUUUACAACUUUGGUCAAUGGCACAACACAUUUAUGAAGAUACGGAUGAUGAAAGUAUGACAACUGAACUGAAAGAGGAAGAUCUUGAAUAAACUGGUUUAAAAUACCCUAUUGCGUAUUAAGGUUUUGGAAUAGAUGAACCUUGAUUUGAGUUACUUUGUUGUGUCUAGAAACACACAUGAUAAAGAAUCAUUCUUUUCCUUGUUCCAUUCUGUUAUUUGAUACUCUUUCAAGACCACUAUAAAAAGAGAAUGAUGUGA